AUGCGUAGCAUUCGAUUCCAGGUCAGGAAGAACCCCGGCGCGCUCCGAUAUCAGACGAUUAUCCGCGGUAUUGCUUCGAGCAUCGGUCACACCGGAGGGGGCUCGGCUCAAGGCACGGCGCACUCUUCGGCCGUCGACCUAAUCAUGGGCUCUAUUCCUCGCGAGACUCUUGAAACCGAGGUCGAUCUGGCCAUCAUUGGCGGCGGGCCAACUGGUCUUCUCACCGGCUACCUCGCAGAGCAGCUUGGUGUGAAGGUAUGCAUUAUUGACAGCAAGAAUGCGCCUCUUGAAUUGGGCAGAGCCGAUGCACUCAACGCUCGUACCCAACAAGCUCUUGAAGUCGUUGGCAUCCUUGACGACCUUAUCUCACAAGGCAUCACCUGCAAUACGAGUUCAACCUUUGCGGAUGGUGAAUUCAAGUCGCGCCAAAGCCAAUGGUGGACUGGUCUUGAGCACUGCUUCCGCAAGAACUUCCUGAUGAUUGGCCAGCCCGCUGUCGAGAAGGUCCUUGCAGAGAGACUCAAGACGCCCGUCUGCUUUGGCGAAGUCGUCACUUCUAUCUCAGAGGACAAGAACGGCGUGGUGACGACAACAAACAAGGGGCGAGUGAUCCGCAGCAAGUAUGCGGUGGGAGCCGAUGGCGCUCGCUCCACAGUCCGCAACACGCUGGGAAUCACCUUCACCGGGACCAAGCCCGAGAUGAUCUGGGCCGUUUUGGACACUUUCAUUGACACGUCGUUCCCCGUCUGCUCCGAGAUCAUUACGUUUCAGCUAAACGGCCAGAGCCGAGUCUCGUGGAUCCCCCGGGAGCGUGGCAUGGCCAGAUUCUACAUCCUGCUUGAUGGCGAGAUCACGCAGGAGAAGGCCGAGAAUUCCAUCCGCGAGCACAUGGCUCCUCACCGAGUGGACUUCAAGAAGACGGAGUGGUUCAGCACGUUUGAUGUCAAGGAGCGUAUUGCAUCGACAUUCGUCUCUCAGAACGGAGGCGGCCGCAUUAUCUUGGCAGGUGAUGCAGCGCACGUUCACUCGGUGAACGGUGGCCAAGGCCUCAACACCGGUAUUGCCGACGCGUUUGCGCUAUCAUGGAGGCUGGCACAAGCCAUCACAAACGACAAGCUCAGCCCUGACGCGGCUGAUAAGCUGAUCAGGAGCUACGACAUUGAGCGGCGCACCGUUGCCCAGGGCGUCAUCGACGUUGCAGCGAAGCUUGUCAGAGACACAGUUCGAACGGCAAAGGAGUACGUCUCCACAAUCGAGAAAAACGCUGGGUACAUCACAGGCAUGGGCGUGUCUUACGAUGGCACUGGCUCCCCCCUGAUCCAAGAGGCCCCCAGCCAGGGCAUCUGGACCGCCGGCCGGCGCUGUCCGGAUGUCUUCCUGACGCCAGCAUCCGGAGAAGAGCCGAAGCGCUUGUAUGAUCUUGUCGCUGGCAAGUAUGGCAAGCAUUUGGUGCUGAAGAUUGGACGACAGUCGAAUGGUCCCGCCUUGGGAGAUGGUCUCCAGGAUUUGGCCAGACUCUUCACCGUCGCCCCCCACAAUGCGGAGACUCCUCGUACGACCGCUGUGAAUGAAGAUUCUUCAUCGCCAGAAACGUCCUUCUCAGCCGAGUGGGCGAAGGACGAUGACGACUUCACCGUUGUCGUCAGACCCGACAUGUACAUUGGCUACGUCGGUCUCGGAGGAGAUGGGUGGAAGGAUUACCUGUCGUACCUGACUCAGUAA